UGCGUGGAGCACGUGCGCUCCUUCACCGCCGCCUUCCUCUUCUCGCUGGAGACGCAGACCACCAUCGGCUACGGCCACCGCUGCGUCACCGAGCAGUGCGCCGCCGCCGUGCUGGCCGUGGUGCUGCAGUCCAUCGCCAGCUGCGUCAUCAACACCUUCAUCAUCGGGGCCGCGGUGGCCAAGAUGGCCACGGCCCGCAAGAGGGCGCAGACCAUCCGCUUCAGCUACUUCGCGCUCGUGGGCAUGAGGGACGGGAAGCUGUGCCUGGCGUGGCGCAUCGGCGACUUCCGCCCCAACCACGUGGUCGAGGGCACCGUCAGGGCGCAGCUGCUCCGCUACACGGAGGACGGCGAGGGGCGCAUGACCAUGGCCUUUAAGGACCUAAAGCUGGUCAACGACCAGAUCAUCCUGGUCACGCCCGUCACCAUCGUCCAUGAGAUCGACCACGAGAGCCCCCUCUAUGCUCUCGACCGCAAAGCCGUGGCCAAAGAUGACUUCGAGAUUCUGGUGACUUUUAUCUAUACCGGCGAUUCCACGGGGACUUCCCACCAGUCCAGAAGCUCCUACGUGCCCCGGGAAAUCCUCUGGGGCCACAGGUUUAACGACGUCUUGGAAGUGAAGAGAAAGUACUACAGAGUGAACUGCCUGGAGUUCGAGGGGACGGCGGAAGUGUACGCCCCCUUCUGCAGCGCCAAACAGCUGGAUUGGAAGGACCAGCAGCUCCACACCAGGGACAAGGCCCCGCCGGCCCGAGCGCCCGGCACGGCGGACACCAAGGUCAGAAAAAGGUCGUUGAGCGCAGUCGCCGUUGUCAGCAACUGCGAAAGCCGGGAGGAGACCGCCGCCUCCGCGGAUGAGUGUAAGGAAGCGCCUUACCAGAAAGCCGUCCUGACUCUGAAUAGAAUCUCCCUAGAAUCCCAGAUGUAGUCCAGCCUGUAGUCAUUGUCCUCUCUAGCCAGUCACCUUAAGGCGAGUAGUCGUAAACAGCGCUUCAAAAGAAUGUUAUGGCUAUGUUCGAUGCUGAUGGGGAGUAAGGAAAGCAGGUUAAACUUGAUAAAAGAUCAUCUAAGAAUGACAUCGUAUCCAGUCGGUUAAAUUUUUUCCGUGUGUGCUGGCAAAUGUUGUAUGGGGAUGCUAUUAAGAGCCCGAUUGAUUAAUAUAAAUUUCAUCUCCUCUUACAAUUCCAUAUACUUGUAUCUGCAGUUGGAGGUGUAAUAUUCAAAAAUGGGGAAGAAAGUUAGGAUACCGGAAUAAGUAAAAACAAGACAGGCAACCAGCAUGAAUAACAUUUUUAACGUAUCAAAAUUGAUGGUAUAAUGAGCGCUUUCUCGUAAAACCAUAGUAUCAUCUAACCAAGACAUGCGAGGCAUGCGUUCAGUAGAGUGUCAUGUUGAGAUAUUUAACUGUGGCAACAACAGGCCUAUUCGAUUCACCGUGUUUGUCCCAUAUAGUGUCUUGGCGUCAGCAGGCAGUUAGCGGUUGCGAUAAAUAGACAGUGCCACCAAUUCAGACAGUUCUUUCACAGCCACUUGCCCAGGUAAUGAUCAGUGAGUACUAGAAGCUAUUUUGUCUCUAACCCAUGAGGCAGAAGAAAAGUUGAUAUUAUUAUUCACGGCAGCAUUUCCCUCUUAAAUGUCCUGGUCGACUCCAGCAAAUAGCUUUAUCUGGAAGAGCAGGAAUAAAGCAGCCCUGAACUUUGGGGUUCUCUGACGGGGGGGAGGGGUGCUUUUUAUGCCCAUCUCUCAGCGUCUCCAAGGACCAUGGAGAUGGGGUGAGGGCAUGGAUAGUAGCCAUCGACAUUCUCAGACUGGAUGGAAACGUGGCAUGUGUCCCAAAAGACUGACCCCCGGCGGCUCCACCAGAGAUGAACCAUUGAGAACAGGGGAAGGUGGCGACGGGAAAGGUAUUUAUUUGUGUCCAGAAGCAGUUAGGUAUGCUGCCCGUCCUGGUCUCUUUACAAAACAUAAACGACUGGAACUGUAGAUUUUAAGAAACUCUUCCAUCGAACUUGGAACAGUCAUUUAAAUUGAAGGUUUUGUGAAAUAUAAUUGAGGAGAUUUUAAUGUGCAUUAACUAAAUGGAGAAGCUGAGGGCUAUAGAGUUGCUUAAAUCUGAGGACCUGAGAUACAUCCGUAUAUUCUAUUUCCAUGUUACAAGAUGUUAAUUAUGAUUAAGUACAAAUUCAAUCACCUAUGAUGAAAGAGUCACUUUAAGCUUUAUAAGUUGAAGAGCUGUUAGCUACAUUUGGAAUUAUCUGUAUGUUUUUUAACAUUGUUGCCGAGUUGGCAAUAAGUAUGUGCCACCAUUUUUUGUUUAUUUUAGUUAAAUAUGUCUACGUACAAAAAGGUUUUGCUUGUUCUGGAAUCUCUCUCUCUCUCUCUCUCUCUCUCUCUCGCUCUCUCUCUCUCUUUCCCCAUUUAAAUUAAAGCACACACGUAAAUUGAACUGAGUCACAUGCUCCCAGAUGACCAAAACAUGUAGGUAUGUAAAGUGUUUCUUGUGUUUUUAUUCUUUUCUCUCCUUUUCCCUUCUUCCAUCCCUUCUGUCCUUUUCCCUUCCACCCCCCCUCCCUCCCUCCUUUUCUUCCUUUUGCCUAUGAGCAACGAAAUUAUUUUUUAAAUGCACACGCGCCAAUCUUCUCUUCCUGUUUAUGGAUAAGAGAUUUGUCCAGGUCACAAGUUGCAAAACGGUCUUGAAACUUUAGCAUCAGAGAUAUAAAUCAUGCAUUUUUUUUUGUCUUGCUUCGGGAGCGCAAAGCCCAUGUUUAAAUCACACGUACACUCUAGAUUGGAGCUUUGUAGCAGCAAUGACUCAGCAAAAUGAGAGUACUACCAUCUACUACGUAGGAAAGUGCCACUACAGCAGACGGAAUGCCACCCCACACCCUUCAGUUUCUUUUCUCUUUCCUUUGCUUCCUGGACUCUGCCUGCCCGUGAUCUUGCUCUGUGGCUAUCGGAAUAGAGGCAUCGAUAUUCAAAAAAUCCAUUCUGUUAUCAAAUCUUCUUACCCAGAAUAGCAUGUAGACUCGGCGUUCCCAUGUCACAUUUAUCUCUAAUUUUCUGUUUAGAUUUAUAACAUACUGUGACACCCCAAUCAGUUACUUAAUAAUAAAGAUCGUAAAA